AAAUAGGGCAGGGGCAACAGACAUGUUCCUCACAUUCACUCCCCACGAUGCGGUGAGAGAGAUCGUUUCCCCUCUCGCCAUCUGAGAGGCGCGUUUUAUUGCAAACAAAGGGUGAUAAUCGAUCCACACGAUCCUGUGUGCAUGAGAUCCGCGAUGAAUCAGCUCUUCUUCGUGUGACACGGAUCUCCAGCUGGACUUUACAUUGAGAGACUGCGAUUCCUUGAUUUAAAGAACAUAUUAAAAAUGGCUAACGGAGUGAAAGAGGACAAAACAAUGGAAAAAAGAGGAUUUGCAUGUUUCAAGCUGAGUUUUGUUUUUUUCAUGCUCAAUGUCAGCAGUUCUGCUUUACCAGUCAGAGGAUUCUAUCUGAAGUCUGGCCGAAUCACUGACUUCAACGCCUCGUGCUCCAGGCUUCAUCUCCAAGCCGUCCCUCGAGAUAUUCCCUCGACGGUUCGUGGUUUUGACUUAUCCGAGAACAGGAUCACAAUGAUACAGGCGCCCGAUUUCAAAAACUUUUCCGCUUUGAUAACGUUAGAUCUGAAGCGCAACAUGAUUUCACAAAUAGACGCCGGCGCCUUCGCCGACCUGAUUUCCCUCAAGACACUGAAUCUAAACAAUAACAGGCUCACUGCCGUUGGAGAUGAUCUUUUCCACGGUUUGAGCAACCUCACAGAGCUCAGAAUCAACAAUAAUCGCAUCAAGAACCUGUCCUCCACCUCGUUUGAGUCCUUGACGAGCUUGACGUUUUUGGACAUGUCCUACAACCGACUGCACCUCUUGACAAAAGUUCACACUAUGUUACAGCAGCUGCCCAAUCUGCUGGAGCUGUCAGUGAAAAGCAACCUGAUAACCUCCUUCCAUUCGUGGGACCUGACAAACCGCUCGCUGAAACUCACUUCCCUUGACUUGUCUCUAAAUGACAUCACCGUCUUCAAGGUCACCGCCGAUGUCUUUCCCAAUCUCACCUCUUUGAGCAUCGGCCGCAUUCAUUCCAAAAGGACCGCGAUGCAGUGGGACAUCCGGGGCGGCACUUUUUUCAGUCGCGUGUCUACUCUUGACAUCAGCGGGCUUAAAAUGGACGAGGCGGCCAUGAGACCGCUAGGGGAGAACUUCAACCCCUCGCUGACGUCUCUGAGGAUGAACGCAAUGAGAGGCACGCGGCUCACCAAGCUAGUCAACGUCUCCUGCUCCGUCCCAACGGUGUCCAGACUCCAAAUGCAGCAAAACAACCUGCACUACAUCAACGCGAAAUUCUUCCAGCUGUGCGCUAACAUAACGGAGAUGGAUUUAGGCAAAAAUUCCAUCGCGAAUAUCUCUUACGAGGCCUUCAGAUCGCUGCCAGGGUUGAAGAUCUUAAACCUGAGUCAAAAUAAACUUGCAUUUAUUACACCUGCCACAGGUAAUCUACCGACUCUCGAAGAGCUGGAUCUCAGCCAGAAUUACAUCACCACACUCGGAUGCAACAGUUUUGCCAAUCUGACCAAGCUGAAAAUUCUCAGCCUUCAUCAGAAUUCAAUCCCGGCCCUAAGAAAGUGCGUCUUCGAGGGUUUGAUCAAAUUGCAAGUCGUGAAACUACAGAACAACAGCAUUUCCAAAUUAGACGGUGCCUUUUCGAUCCACUUGCCAAAUCUAAAACGACUGCGUUUGAACAUAAACAAACUCACCGCCAUUAAACGCGGAGAUUUCGCAGGCCUGCAGUCACUGGAGAGCUUGGCAUUAGACAAUAAUAUGAUCACCACACUGGAACAUGGGUCUUUUAAGGGAUUAAGCAACCUUACAGAGCUUCAGCUGAGCACCAAUAGAAUUGAUGAAACCACGCUUCCGGAGCGUUUCCGUGAUCUGGUCAAUUUAGAAUCAUUGGAUUUGAGUGAAAAUAGAGUUCAGUUUAAGAAUGCAUUUUUGACUCCUCCACCGUUUUCUGGGCUGUCCCGUCUGCGGACGUUGGUGUUUCUGGGAAAUGGCCGCAGGGGGAAGUUUUCGCUGCCGUACAACCUCCUCGAAGGUCUGACCAAUCUUUCGUUUUUCAGUGCCAGGAAAAAUCAACUUUCGUUUCUGCACAGAGACACUUUUAAUUACACCCCGCGGCUGCAAACGCUGGACAUUGGCGCAAACGACCUCAGGAAUCUCUCGUCGGAGUUGUUUCACCCCAUCGGAGGCCUUGAGAGCCUCUACAUUUCUAAAAUAAGUCUUGACUCUCUAGAUUUUCUCAUAGACGCCAACCUUACUAAGCUGGAGUUCAUCCAGGGAAAACUGAAUCAAUAUUCAGUUUUAAGCGAGGAAGUUAUUAAGUCCAUGCCGUCCCUUGUUUACCUCAAUCUUCAAGGCAACAGCUUCACCUGUGACUGCGAUAACGCUUAUUUCCGUAGUUGGAUAGUCAACGACAAGCAAACCCAAGUAUACGAAGCGGACAAGUUUCUGUGCAACUAUCCCUCAGAGCUUAAAGGUAAGAAACUGUUGGAGCUCGACGUCAAGUCCUGCACAGUGAACACAGAGUUCAUCUACUUUAUCUCCACCACGAGCACGAUCCUCCUCUUUAUGUUGACGUCCCUCACCUACCAUUUCAUGAGGUGGCAGCUGGUCUACGCCUACUACCUCUUCCUGGCUUUGCUCUUUGACACUAAGCUGAAAAACAAGCAACAACCCAAGCGGUACGACGCCUUCGUCUCUUACAACACCAGCGACGAGCCGUGGGUCAUGCGGCAGCUGCUGCCGAAGCUGGAAGGGGAGCAGGGCUGGAGAUUGUGUCUGCACCAUCGGGACUUCGAGCCAGGUAAACCCAUCAUAGACAACAUCACAGAUGCCAUUUAUGGGAGCAGGAAGACCAUCUGCGUGAUCAGUCGCAGAUACCUGGAGAGCGAGUGGUGCUCCACAGAGAUCCAGGUGGCCAGCUUCCGUCUGUUCGAUGAGCGGAAGGACGUGCUGGUCCUGGUGUUUCUGGAGGACAUCCCCGGGGCCGAGCUGUCCCCAUACUACCGCAUGAGGAAGCUGCUGAAGAGGCGCACCUACCUGAGCUGGCCUCGAGCCGGGCAGCACCCCAAUCUGUUCUGGGAGAAACUCCGCCAGGCUCUGGGGACCAAAGAUGACCCUGGCCGGGAGGAGUUGGUCCCCACCCUGCUGGACAGGCAGUGAUGGAGAGGAGGUACAACAAUUUUAAGCUUUUUCUACAUUUUAAAUGUACAUCUUAGUGUUUGUUUGUUAACCUUCAUUGGAAGCUUGAUUCAAACCCACAUGGAAUCAUUUCUCUCCCGAAGAUUUCAAAUGUAAUACAUUUGUGGAGAGGACAUUUGGGGACAGUAAGGUCAGAAAAUGAUAGAUAUGCGCUUAACAUGAACAAAUGAGCAUUACUCUGAUUGAAAUUCCCACCGUAAGAAUUUUUGUAAAGGGAUUUUUGUGAUGAUUGUGUGAUAUUUUUGGAAUGAUCUCUUCUAUAUUUAUAAAAUGUAUCUCAACAUAAAUUCUUUUUUUUUUCAAUUUUUCUAAAUCUUUUUGAUUUGUUUUGAUGUGUAAAUGAUGAAUGCAGUGAAACCCACGAGGACAUAAACAUGUGUUAUAACAUAUAUUUUAAUACAGUUUUGUAUAUUACAGUAACAA